AUGGAAAACACAAUCGUAUUGCCACCUCGAUCUUCCAGAAGAAAUCGACGUGUUUGUGCUGUUGUACCAUACGAUGGUACAGCAAGACCAAAGCUGGACAAGCGAUACCGGGCAAGAUCUUAUUCGGAGAUGAUGGAGACUAAAAACACCUGCGAGCGCCUAGCGUUGUAUGAAAAGACAUUUGAGUUAUGCAUGCGUGCUGAUCCUCAAUUGACAGCAUGGAUCAAACGUGUCAAACAAAAGGGUAUGCCCAAAGCCUUGACAGAAGCAUCUGCCGCGUCGCCUGCUACUUCUAAUGCAUCACGUGCCUACUCCUCGCUUCCACCCGAUCCACUCAAGUCUUCUGCGAGUCGAUUCAUUGCUACAUCACUUAGUAAGCUCUCGUCCUUAUCACGACAACCACAUCAUCACAACAACAAGGACCAUCAACUACAGCCCAGUUUAGCCCCUUCACCUAGCCAGCAGCCCCGACGCAGUUAUGACAAAAGCACUAGCAUUGUCCCAUCUGCUUCAGCAAAGAUCAAGCGACGUUUAUCAUCCCAACAUCAACGGCUAUUCAGCUCCAGCCCGAGCAUCUCAUCUGCAACGAUCUCAUCGCCUCGAUCGAUUCAGCCGAGUACUAGCAAUUGCACUAGCAACAGCAACAGCAAGCUCGCCAACAACAACAACAACAACAGCAUGAAGAAUAGCAGGGCUAACGAUGCUGCUAUUGUUGUCCCAUCGGUUACUGCCGCCUAUAAUACACCACUGCCCACCACAGCCAUCAGUCCCGCCGCCAAAGGAAACAACAACGACGAUAUUAAUAGAAAGUCAUCUGAGCCAGUGCCAGUAGCCACGCAUUCUGUCUUUCUCGAACGAUUGCGCCUUCGACGGUCCCGUGAGCCCAUGGUUGGUGUGAGCAAUAUUACAAGCCAUGCGAACAAAAUCAUUGCUGUCCGAGCUUAACAUAUAUAUUCAAUGUCGCAUUUCUGUUCACUCUCACACAUACACAGCGUCUUUUUAUAUAUAUUUUAUAUAUAUUUCUCUCUUUCCUCUUUAUACAUUUGUUUAUUUUUCCAUUUCACCUUCUCUUACUAUUACUUCUUAC